AUGGGCUACUUCAUCCGUCUCUUUCGCAUCGUCCCCGACGAGCCCCCUCCCCACAGGGCCCAUCUACGCAAUAUUCUCCGCGGGCUGUACAAAGCCGUUCUGCGAUUCGGCAUGCUCAUCGUCGCCCUGCCGAUCAUCUGCUACGACGCUCCCACCGCGGAAAUUCUCAGGGCCGAAUUCAGCAACAGGGAGGUUGACGUCGUGAUUUUCGAAUCAAACUGGCUCCAUCAAACGCUUGAGCGUGCUCUGAAUCUCGUCGUGGACUUUAGUGAUUACGAUGCCGAGGCUUGGUAG